CAAUUUGUUUUGUGUCAUCCCGGUGGCAACUAGAUUUUUUGGAAAUUGCUCUCAUAAUUAACAUGAUAAAAGUUUAUAUUUUGAUUUUGUUCCUCGGAUUUACGUCAAGUGAUCCGUGUAGAGGUGAUGAAUGUCUUUCUGGUGGAAAUGCAACGCGGGUGUUGUCUCGAAGCAAGCGGUUUUUAAUUUUUCCUGAAGGAAGCUCCUUCCAAUUGGUAUUCUGUACGCAGACAGCGGCUCUUAUUCCCAUCGGAGAUAUAUUCUUGUUUGCCAACACUGCAGCUCUGGCCUGGAAUUUGCCCACAGACCCAAAACUUCUGCUAAUGUUUAAAGAGUAUGAAAAAAAACCAAACAGAAGGAAUGAUGAAAAAAAUAUCUAUUACUUGGAUGAAAAUGGGCGUGUCGUGGCUAAGAUACCGUUUAGAAGACCCACAAUCGUAAACCCGGCAUUCGCGAAACGCAGCGUGGAUGGAGUGUCAUUUAAAGACCGAUUAAAAGUGAAGAUAGACCGAAUAAAAAUGCAUGAGAGACAUGGACGAGAUUUUCUGAGACACGAUGAAGGCAAUAGUGAAUUUCAUAGAAAUAGUCGCGCAGAGCUAUACCAAAAACUGGAGACAUUAAUUUCAGCGCUGGGUUCCGAUGGGAGGCAGUGCGUACUUCGCAAACUAUGCGAGUCAGCUCGAGCCCGAGGGCAGGCGACAUUCCUUCAGGAACUACUAAGGGUUGUCUUUACAUUCCCAAAGGACAAAAAUUCUGCUAUCGAAGAACAUAAAUUGUAUGAUCAAGCUCACGAUCCAUCAAAGGACUGUGAGAUAAUGUAUCCGGGCUGUGAAAAUUUCGACGUCACCUCAUUAUGAUUAGAUUUAAAAUAAGAUUUGGUGAAAUCAUUUUGC